AUGGCCAGUAGCACGGAUUCACCCCCUCCACGUGAGGUAUUUCACGGGCCUCGCUCCAUUAGCGCAUCAUCGAAUCGUGCGCCAUUAUUUAUUGUAAAAAAUGGUACGUCGCGACACCAGUCAUUGUCGCCACCGCCCACAUGCGGCUCUCCGCUGUCAAACCCCGAGUGCGGUGAUGUAAGCUGUAGAAAAUUAUAUGGGCUCUCAUCUACUGAUUGCUCUAAUUACCCAAAGAGUGAGUGUUACAGUAACUUCAGUGUUCCCUCUGGGUCUUCAAACACAUGCCGUCACGAGCAUUUCAAACCACCCGGCAGAAAGAGUUCUUUUCUUGAUCGUGUGAAGGCUUUUCUGACUCCGUCGGGCCACCCAACGGUGCAUUCACAAAUCAUUAAACCGUCUGAACCCUUUGCUGAGGACUCUCCGGAGGAUGUUGUGGUCUUCAAUUCUGAAGCUGCAAAGGGUGGAAAGAGCGGUAAAAAGCAAGUCAGUGGCUCUUCCAGCGGAAGGGAUGCCGGCUUUGAUGUUAGGACGUCCUUCGAACCGACUCACAUGUUUAAGGAGGAGUGGGAGGAGAGGCCUUAUGUGUCACACGACCAUGUGCAGGCUGACGGGCAACAUAAAAUGCUUUAUUUUUCUCUGGGAGAUGGACACGUAAGAAAAUUGCUCCGUGAAGAGGCAAAAUGUCGCAGACGUCUCGUGGAGGAAGGCAUGACUGUGAUGCGGGACAUUGGCAGAACAUAUGUAGCGAUGUCUCGUAGUGUCGCUGCUGAGGCAUCGGCGGGUUUAUUGGCGGACAGACAUCGGGGAAAAUGA